GUUGCACGUUGUCAGUCUUGGAAUAGAAAAAGAAAAGAAUGCAACAUCAAAUAUUAUUAGUCUGGUGCUUAACAGCUCUUAGUUUGAUAUUUUCUGCUGUUACUGGGUCCUAUUCCUCCUACUUCAGAGCAGGAUACCUCAAGGAUUCAUCGUUUAUCAUCAAACAGGAGCCACCUGCCUGGACUGAAACUCAGAUAGUUUGUGCUUCUCGUUGUUUGAUUUAUAUAAAAAGGAUCCUGAAUAGAUGCAAUGCAUACCAAUACGACCUGGACACAAAAAUGUGCACACUUCUAGUUGUCCCAAGUGUUAUGAUUGAUACUGAUUCUGGAGAUGGAAUCAAGGUUAUGCUCAGCGAUCAAGUUGUGUCAGUACCCUCUGAAAAGCUGAAAAGGAAUAUGAGAGCUUUCUGGACGUUUACCGCCGAUAAAACGAUUGGUAGAUUAGAUUUGACAGUGUAUGGAAGUACAAUAUCUGAUUCUGGUUCCAUGGAUGAGUUCUUUAAAGAUAAUGAAUACGCUCUGCAGCUUCAGAAUACCUACGGAACGAUUAAUCCCAAGAAAGGAGCAUUGACCGUGAAGGGAGAAAGCUUGACAGUUUGUCUUUGGUUUAAAGAUUAUGAUUUAAAAACUGAUGACAUUUUUUUAACCUGGAAAUACAAUUACAGACGAGCGUUGGGUCAAUGCGAAAGAAGUAGGUUGCAAUGUGAUAACCCCUCAUGGGGUUGUACUGGUCUCUGCACCACUGACUGCGGCAAUAAAGCUUGUGUAUUUGGAGUCUGUACGCCAUGUUGGAGGCAAUAUUUUUUAAACUUGUAAAUAAUAGCCGCCCAAUCAGUAAAUUAAUUUACAUAGUUUGGAUUUAAUGGACCACAUACUGCUU